GAUCGCUUCGUGGGCACUGUCUUUAGAAUAAUUCUCGUUUGUUCCUGUGUUUUCUGGAAGUUUCUAGCGGGUUCCUCGUAGGUUUUAAAAUGAACUUCCGACGCAUUCCGUUUCAGUUUACUACUACCGAUCCUUUAAAGCGACAACGUGAAUUAGAAAAGCGUUUUGGUAUACCAACGAGAAAUAUGUAUGUUGAUUCCAUUCCAGGAUAUACGACAAAUGGCAUGCAAGAGUCGAGUUCUGCUUCCAGCAGUCCAAGGCUUCAGCAUCGAGUUCCAAUAUUUGUUGAAGGCUCUGAUAAACCAGUAAAACCUGCUGUAGACUCUCAGAAUGCAUCCGAUGGAGGCCGGAAACCACAUGUGAGAAUAAUUCCUAUUGAAGUGGAAGGAGCUAGUAGUCCUCAUGCAACUAGGCAAAGGACAUUUUCGGGACCAGCUGGAUUUGUCAGGAAUGGCAUGCCAGAAAGGGAGCUUAAUAUUCAGGAGCCUCUGUCUCCUACGAAAAGAUCCAUGCAAGAUCUGUCUAGUCCAAAUAAAAUAAAAUCUCCAAGUGUACCUCGCGUGUGUAACAUCCCAAUUCAAAUAGAAGGAAGGCCUGAUGUUCGAAAGCCAAAAAGUCCAAUUUCUUAUUCUUCGAAAAAAUCGGAAAAAACCAGAAAACCAAAUGGGAGCUGUAUUUCUAAAGCAAGAGAUGAAAGUAAAGUGCAGCAUGAAGAAAAGCCAUCUGAACCUAAUAUUAAUGUUCCCUUAAAAAGGAUUGAGAAUAUCCUUGAAGAAUUUAAAAUGUAUAAAAUUGGUGUUGAGAAUUUCAGUGGAACUGUUAAAGAUAAGCAGUAUAAAUAUUUAGAUGAAAUGCUGACAAGAUGCAUGUUGAAACUUGAUGAUAUUGAUACUAUGGGUGAUGAAACAGUUCGAUUAUCUAGAAAAGCAGCUGUUAAACAAGUUCAGCGGACUAUUGAUCUGUUAGAAUCAAAAGUGUCACCUGUUGAAGAUCCUGCAAAAGAAGGAUCUAUGCUUGUAGAUUCUCAAGGAGAUAAAAAUAUUGCACCUAAUGAGAAAUUAGAAGAUAACCAGAAAGAUGAAGAAAUAAAGGAGGCAGUGGGAGAAACAUCUGACAAUGAGAAAUUAGAAGAUAACCAGAAAGAUGAAGAAAUAAAGGAGGCAGUGGGAGAAACAUCUGACAAAGAUGUGGAAAUGACAGAAGUGGCAUAUGAAGAAUCAAAGGAUGAAGAAAUGAAGGAAGCAUUUGAGAAAGAUAAAAAAAUGAAGGAUGAAACAUCUAAUGAGAUGACAGAAAAAGAAGUGGAAAAUGAAGAAAUGAAAGACCAGAAAGCAGCUUUUGAUUCUCAAGUGCCUGAAGUGGAAAUGGGAGAAAGUGAUAAAACUGUUUGUAAAGAUGAAGAAAUAAAAGCUGAAACAUCUGAAAAAGUUGAACAAACCAAUCAUGAAAAGGAAGUUCCUGAUUCUCAAGUGCCUGAAGUAGAGAUGGAAGAAAGUGAGAAUGUUACUGUUAAGUUAGUAGAAACUGAUAAUGCAGUUACAAAGUCUCAGUUAGUAAGCAUUGAACCACCUGAAAGUUCAUGUGAUGCAGAAAUGGUAGAAGCAGAUACACAAAGUGUCCCAGUAUUGCAAGAAAAUGCAUCUACUUCACAAAUGUCUUGUAAUACAAAUUGUACAGACACAAACUUGAUUCUAAACCAAGAUGCUUCUGUUUGUAAAGCAUCGGAUUCUGUUCAUAACUCUGAUGCAAAAAUUGAAACUGGUUUUCAGGAAAUGGAUGAAAAUAAGCAUGUACCAACAGUUAAAAAUAUGGAGAUUAACAGUACCAAUGAAAUGAAUAAAUUACAAAGUGGUGAGAAAACUGUUUUAGAUCCUUCUGUGGAUGUAAAAUCCCGAGAGACUGAAUCUUCGGAUUUUGAUAUGCAAAACUGUAGUGAAAAUAGUGAUUAACCAGCAUAUAAUACUUGAUGAAAAGCCUGAAACUGAAAUUCUGACUGAACUUUAAUUUAUGUAAUUUAAAAUUGUUAUGUGGUUAAUUUGUAUGUUAAAACAAGAUACUGCAAAUGACCAGAUGACCAAAGCUAAUCAAAUACUUUCCAUUUUUGUAAAUAGCUAUUUAUAUUUGUACAUAAUAUGAACUUCAUUUAAAUGUUUUCCUGUAUAUAAUAAAAUGUCUUACUUCAGAAAUAAACUGUGCAUUUAAAUUUA